CAGAGGUCCCUCGCCCACCUGAUCGACCCCGCGGUGAUGCUCGGCUUCGACUUCCACCACGCGGCGCCUGGCUACGUCAUGCUCACGAAGUGGCUCCCGAAGCACGCCCUCCUCGCUGCCCGCGCACGCGCACCACCAGGUGGGCGUCGGCGGCCUCGUCCUCGACGGCGGCGGCCGCGUCCUCUGCGUCCGGGAGAGGGCGGGCCCGAGCGCGGGCCUGGAGGCUCGGCGGAUGCGAAGUAAACACAAAUCCCCAAAUCCCCACAAACCUGGCACCGUACGUGCAGUGCCAGGGGCGGCGGCCGGUCUUCCCAUCUUACCAUCAUAGGAGGAUGCGAAGUCCCUGAAGACGGGACGGGGUGGGCACGAGCGGGCAUCAUAGCCGGCUCAAAAUCAAAAGAGGCAUCAUAGCCUCAUCAGUCUAGAUUGAUCCACUCACGGAUCCACUGCAAUUUAUUUCCAUUGAAGUCAUUACAUGCGUAGCAUGCUCACCCCCUCGAGUCAUGAAAAAAUCACGACGGGCGGUUUUCUGUAUGUUUUUUGUUGGCCUCCGGGGGGGCCCCUUCCGGGCCUCGGGAGGGUCACGAAACGACGCAGGGUGAAACGCCGGUCAGGGGGAAGGGGUCGGGACCUCUGGGGGUCGACGUCACGGCAAAAUCAUGAAGUCGGGGGUCUGGGUACGGAGUGCCUGGUCUCCAUCUAGGCUUGCUCUUUCUGGACUUCGCCUAUCCCGGUAUAGGUGGCGAAGCCCAUACGGAGUAGAUGUAGGCCCAUGCGGAGUGCUCGGUCUCCGUCAGGGCUUCCUCCGUCUGGACGGGGGCUCUCCGGAGACUUGGCACCGCUCGGACGUGUUCACCUGUUCUCGGCGAGGACCAUCGGGGAGCAUCUGGGAUCAUCUGGUGAACGCAUGCAGGCACGAAGUCGAAAGAUGCACGAGGAAUUGACGUCCGAGCGGUGGCAAGGAGAGGACUUCUGGAAGCUCCCGGGCGGCUUGGUGGACGCCGGCGAGGACCUGGGCGACGCGGCGGUGCGGGAGGUGCUGGAGGAGACGGGCGUGCGGACCGCGUUCGAAUGCGUCGCCACGGUGCGGGAGUCGCACUCUGGGCGUUUCGGCUGCACGGACCUCUACGCGAUCUGCGUCCUCCGGCUGGACGGCUCGUACGGCGGGGAGGCGCCAGAGCCUGCGCCGCAGGAGAGCGAGAUCGCGGCCGCGGAGUGGCGGGACCUCGGGGCUUUCCUGGAGUCCAGGUACUACCAGAAGGGGCUCUACGGCUCCCUGCUCAAGACUGCGGCCGACGUGGCACUCCGGCGUCGCCGUGGGGAGGAGGACCUUGGCGUGAAGCGUACUCGCAUGAGGGCCGGUAGGAAGGAGGAGUCCGUGUACUAUGUUGGCGGCGAGCUAUUGACCAAAGCACGGCUGUAGCGCUGCGGGAGGAGCGCAGCAUUAUAGCAUUC